AUGGAUGUCGAAAAUCUUUACUUGAUUCCUCAUUCGUCAAAACCUGUCAACGAAUAUUUCAAUCCAAAAUUAUUAGCAGUUUUAUAUCCAAGUUUGUUCUGUUAUGGGCUUGGAGUACCUGAAGAUCAACUACGUCCAGUUCAGCUAACAUUAAAAGAACACAUACGUUAUCUACUAGCUUAUAAUGAUCGUCGUUUUGAAAAACAUCAUAGUUUUAUAUUUGUAGUCUUCAAUUUAUUGCAACGACGUGAUUCUUGCUUUCAUGGUCAACUGAUAGCAACAAAGCCUUACUUUCAAUCAUCUGCUGAUGAAAUUCUAUCUUUGAGUAGUAAAGAUAUUGANUGA